UUUUAUGGUGGAUCGAGGAAGAGGAGGAGGAGGAGGAGGGGAGUAAUGGGGCGGAGGAAGAAGACGAUGCUGGUGUUGCUCUGCGCCUCGGUUCUCGCGCCCCUCCUCCUCUACACGGAUCGCCUCUCUACUCUCCACGCCGCCGAUCCCAUCCAGACCCAAUUGAGAAAUUCCGGAGAGCACAAGAGCAAGGUGCUGUCGGAAGCGCCGGAGAAAAAAACUCCGCCUCCGCCGGACAUCGGCGGCGUGAUCCUGCAAGUGACCACCAAAGAGGAAAAUAAAUCGGAAGUUAAGCUGGAGACAACAUCUACUAAGAUUGUUCCUGGAAAUAAUCACCCAGUGAGCAGCAAUAAAAACAGCGGUAACUCGGAAAUACCUGAUUCGAGAAUUCGGCAUAUUAAGGACCAAUUGAUCAGGGCAAAGGUUUAUCUCAGCCUCGCAGCCACUCGAACCAAUGCGCAUUUUAUCAGGGAGUUGCGCGCACGCAUAAAAGAUAUGCAACGAACACUCGGCGACGCGACCAAGGAUUCAGAACUGCUGAGGAAAAAAUUUUGGAACUUCUGCUGUGGUAAUGAGAAUGUGAGCCUGAAAAGAUAAAAGCUCUAAUUUGAAGCAUUUGCUUCUGUUGCAAAGUGAAGCUUUUGGGAGGAAUUUUAAGUAGUGCAUCUCUUCCGGCCGCUACUCAAACAACAAAUCCAUUCAAAAACACUAGACCCUGAAGCAUGCAAACAGGACCUUUUAGUCCAACAUCAAAUAUUGAUAGAAAAGUGUUUGGAUAAAUAAAAACUGGAACACUAUUUUUUAAAAAAGAAACUUUGUAAUGUUGUUGCUGCCACUAAUAAAUAAUACAGGGAAGAAAGAUGAGUUAAGGGGGUCUGACACACUAUCUGUUUUUUCAUCUUUUUAUCCUAUUGAUCUAUAAGCUUCGUUAAGCUUCUUUUUUUUUUUUUUUUUAACUAGGCUUUCUCAUGAGCCGACUACCAUGUAAGCCGACGAGAAUUAAAGGAUGGCGCUGCUGUAUAAGCAGUGCCAUCCUAUUUGUUGACCCCUUUGGAGUCAACUUUGGCCCUAAAGUGGGGUCAAAAUACUAAGGAAAUAUAUUAUAGCCUUUCUUUUGGCUACAUCAAUGUGGUCAAUAGACCCUACCGAGUUCGCUGUGGUUUUGCCAAUGGCACUACAAUCUUUGUUUCUGUGCAAAGAUAUAAAAUUGCUAUAUACAUAGUUACAUAACAUAUUCAGUUACAUUAUUUUAGAACUCCUAAGUUGUAUCUGUCCAUGUCAAUUUUGAUUUCAGUUUUAACUCGGGCUCUUAUAGUUUUAGUUUCGGUAGUUUCUAGUUUCAAUGCUAGAUUGCAGUUCAGAGGUUUCAAGCUUUUCAAAAAUAUCAAAAUAAAUAUAGAGAAUUUAAACAAUUGUAAAGAGACAAAUCUCACAAAUUUCGACAUCUGAAAGUGUUGAUUUAUGGUGUGACCUACAAAAAUUGAUGACAAAUAGAAAUGACUCUAGAAUAGUCCUAUUGUAUCCCCUCAGAUGCAUGGUGGAGACUAAGAGAACUAUGUAAUGUGCACUGACUAAAGAGGGAUGAAAGAGGAAAAGCAUGAGGAUUAACCUAUUAAAUGGUCAAAGAAAAGACUAUAAUUCACGACCUCAAUAACUAAGGGUGCUUAGGACAAACUUUGAUACCCAUGUCAUCUAAAGAUUGGUCACAUAUGAAAUUGCCAUGGAAUAGUCUUAACAUAUGUCAUUUCCUUAUGGUACAAAUGACUUGUGUUAAAUAUAAAAAUAUAUAAAUACCGUUCUCUAAUAGCUUAAGCUUUUAGAGUACAACGGUUGUUUCACAUGGUAUCAGAGCAGGUCCUGAGUUUGAGUCAUGACAUAGCCUUGCAAAAAAUCUCGAGCUUAGACGUGAGGGGGUGUUAAAUAUAAAAAUAUAUAAACACUGUUCUAUAACAUUAUAAGCUUUUAGAGUACAACGGUUGUUUCACAAGGUGGCACAUUAGUAGCGGAUGAAGGUGGCGCAUCAGUAGCGGAUGGAGGAGCAGCAAGUCGGCUGGCGAGGCGUCAGAUAUAGACUCGGAGUUCAGAUGGACCAACAACAGUGGCAACAUUCUCAUGACCAACCUGUGAAGCGUUAGAAUUCAAGCUGGAAGGAAAUAUUGAUAAGUCCUCAAACGGUGAAACCAGUGUAUGUGAAUUAUUGUCAGGAGGAGGACGAGUGAAGGUGAAGCCAGAAAUCACAUAAAGAGUGGAAGGACUUUCACCCAAUAAAGGCGGAUUAGAGAGAAUUUUGAAACAUUUGCAAGUUGGAAAGAAAGGAGGAAGAAAAAAAAUUUAGAAAAACAAGAGUAAGGAAAAACAUGUUCAACAAAUAUAACGUGACGAGAAAUGAAGACUUUACCGGUGCUUGGAUAUAGACAGCGAAAUCCUUUAUAUUUGUCAGGAAGUCCCAAGAAGACACAAGGAAGUGACCGGGGAGAGAGCUUGUGAGCAGCAAUGUCCUGUACAUCGGAAUAACAUAAACAUCCAAAAACUCUAACAAGUUGCAAGUCAGGAGAAGCACAAUCAUGCAGAAUGUCAUAUGAUGAUCGUCCUUGCAAAAUAGUGAGAGACGGAAUUCUAUUCACAAGAAAAACGAUAGUUUGAAUAGCCUCAGCCCAGAACUGAGGAGGUAAGCAAGCUUGAAAUAGUAGGCUUCUAACGACGUUAGAUAAAUGCCUAUACUUCAUCUCAGCAAGACUAUUUUGUUGAGGAGUAUAAGGAGAAGAAAAUUUGUGAAUAAUGCCAUUUUGGAAACAAAGAGUAGAAAACUUUUCAUUUACAAAUUCAGUGCCAUUGUCGAAUUGGAAAAUUUUAAUCGAGCUAUGGAAUAUGUUUUCAACCAUUCUCUUAAACUCUAAAAAUUUAUCAAAAACUUCGUAUUUAGAUUUUAAAAGAUAAAGUCAAGAGAAUCCAGAGUAAUCAUCAAUAAAAAUAAUAUAAUACUUAUAGACAGAGAGUGAGGGAACAGUGAUUAUCAUACAUCCGAAUGAACAAUAUAAAAGGAAAAAGUAUAUUGAGAUUCUGAAUCAUUAAAUGAAAGUUUAACAUGUUUUUCCAUAUUAUAAGCAUUGCAAACAAAUAAUUUUAAAGUAGAGUCCGAGACAAUUUUAUUAUUUUUAAGAAAUAUAGAAAGAAUAGAAAAACUAGGAUGACCUAACCGUCUAUGCCAAAUAUCACUAUUUACCUUAGAUGCGACCAGUGCUAGCUGUUGCUUAUUUUCCACACUUGCAACUUUAGAUGAGAGUAGAUAAAGUGAUGUUCCCAAACUAGGGUAUCGAAGAAGCUCCGUCUCGGUUUUCUUAUUCUUCACAGAAAAACCAGAAGAGUGACACUCAAAAAAGGAAUUAUUAUCAUGACAGAAUUGGCGUGCGGAAAGUAAAUUUUUCUUAAUAGAAUGAACAAUAAGAACAUUUUUAAGAGCAAAGAAUUUAGAGGAGGAAUGCAACUGAGUUUUACCUGUCUGAGUAAUAUCAAGUAAAUUUUUAUUACAACAAGAAUUUUUUCAUGCCCUUUAUAAGGUUUAGAAGUUGAGAGAAUACCAGAAGUUGCGGUCAUGUGAUUAGAUACUUAGGUCACUUCCUCACCAGGUUCAUGAAGGUUCAUAGCAGCAAAGGUUUAAGGAAGAUCAUCUGCAACGAAAGAAUGAUUGAAGCGUUGUCUGCACUGAAGAGCAGAAUAAUUAAACUUGUCGCAGAUCUGACAUUGUGUGCCAGACUUCGAAAUGUAAGGUUUAUGAGUCGGAGUAUAGAAUUGUUGAGAAUUAUUAGGUUGAGAAUAUGAAUAGGCUCCAGGAGAUCCACGACCAGGAUAUGAGUUGAAUCUACCACGCUGUCCUCGACCGCCGCGAUAUUUACCUCUAUGACUUCCGCGAGUUCCACGUCCACGAUUUGCAUAAAGAGCUUCACCGUCGAUAGAGAGAAUGGCUGGUGAUGUCGUUAAACUAGUAAGACGUUGAACUUCAGUUUCCUCUUGCAUUAGAAGUGGACGAAACUGUUCAAAAGUGGGGUUAUUUCGAUGUGUAUAUAGGGCACUGACAAAACCUCUAUAUUCUUCCAGUAACCUGAGAAGAACGGUCAUGACCAAGUUAUGCUCUGACUCAGUUUCACCAAUCGCUUGUAGAGCAUCACCAAUUGAUUUAAUAUUUUGCAUCUAAUUGCUCAUGUUCAUUGAACGUUUCUUGAUGCUUCACAAUUCGGACUUUAGAAAGAGGCGUGGAAGCAGUUGUAUCAAGAAAAUAUGUUUCAAUAGUUUUCUAAGCUUCAUAUGCAGUUUUAGGAGAACUAGAAACGACCAUCUGUAAUAUACUAAGAGAAAUGGUGGCAUUAAUCCACGAGAGUAUAGUGGUGUCUUUCUUUUUUCAAUUUUGAUAUUCUGGGUUUGCACUUGUUUUCUUGUCAAAAGUUUGAAUAGUUUGAGACGGUAUAGUGCUAAUUCCGUUCACAUGCGAAGUAACACCAAAACACUCCAAAAUAUUAAGAGAGAUUUGUUUCCAUACCAAAUAUGUGGAAUCCGUGAGUUCAAGUGGUAUGAGAGUUUUGAUGUUAAUUACUAGCAGGUUUGAAGAGAAAGACAUGUUACCACCAAGAGAAAAAAAAAUCCACCACGAAAGAGACGAAUCCGAAAAUAGAUCAAGUAAUCACAGAUCCAGAGAAAAGAGGAAAAGUGACUCAGAGUUGAACCCGAGAUGAACUGGCGGUACUUGAGAUCAACCAGGCAACACCAGGAAGUAGCACCAACGAGAUAAGAAGAAACUCAAAGAGGCUGAAAUUACUAUAGCGCCAGUACUGUAGGGUACUGUAGCGCUGAUUGUAGCAGUAUUGUUGCGCUGGUACUGGUACUAUAGCAGUACCGGGGAGAUAAAAGUCCAAGGAUAAUGGGAGAUAGAACACCAAAAGAAAAAGCACCUAUGGAAGAAGGUGGGACUUGUGGUGAAUGGUGGUUAUGGAUCGAUAUCUUCAAAUUAGGAUUCCCGUUCUGAUACAAUGAAAGAAGGGAAAAAGAGCAUGCACUCUUGGGUUCUAUUGAUGAAAUUAUAUAGUACAGGAGCUAAACCUACUAUAGUAACAAUGCCUACUAUAGUAACAAUACAAUUAGGAUUACAUACCAUAUAAUCCUAUAUCAUACUAUAUAAUCCUACUCUAAAUAUGUCGUAAUAUACAAUAUCCUAACAUAGCGUAAGAUGCUAAAUAUGUUGUAACAACUUGCAUGUAGCCAUUGAUUAAUUGGAUCAAAAUAUAGUUAGUAAAAUAAUAUGUAAGAUUCAUAAAUGACUAAAACAAUUCCAAAUUUAAUAGGUAAAUUUGAUUGUUAUUCUAAUACUUUGCUUUCUUUAGAUCCUUUUCAAUUGAAAUCGCAAUGACUCUAGUUCAAUUUGACAUUUAGCAAAUCUCCAACUUUAAAACCAUGGUUCUGCAUGAAGUAUUUCUUAUAAUGUUUGGAAUGCAAGAUUGCCAUCCUAAAGUCUGUCAACAUUUCUAUUCCUUUGGCCACUCAUUGGCAUCCAAGGUCUUCUUUGCAUUCAGUUUCUUUUUGUUUGUUGAAUAGCUUAUCAUAAAAUUUCGUGAACUAUAUUAUAUAAUUAUCAAUAUUUUCUCUAUAAGUUAGAUAUGCUAUGGACUGUGAAGGGCUAUGGACUGUGAAGGGACCGGCUGAGGGAUUACCCAGCAUACCUCAAACCUACACAGCACACUAGCGCAAUUAAAACAGGAUCUUUCGUAUAUGAAAAUAGAUGAGAACAAUUGUAGAAAACAAGAACAAGGAUAACAAAGUAAUAAAACAGACAGGAGAAUGCAUAAACAUAGGAUUUACAUGAUUUGGCCAACAAUGAGUCGACCUACGUCCAUGGGCAAGACCAUCCCAAUACGUUCUUUUAUUAAUCCUCCGCACAAAUAUACGAGUAGAUUGGAUUACAAGAAAAUCUCUCAGGAAAUCUCCACAUUUUUCUCUCAAUUAGGGUAUCUACACUGAAGCUCUCUCCAUAAGUAACCUCUGAUGAUGAGGCUUUAAACUCUAAAAUAUGAAUUACAAGAAUUUAUAUAAUCAUAAAAUCCCAAUUCUAGUAGGAAAUGCUCUCCGCUAUCCAUCUAAGUCUCAAAUUCACUUCUAACCAUCGAUCUUCUCUUAAGAAUCCUUUAUAAAGUGUUCCUAGACCAUCCCUAAUCAUUACGAACCAGAUCAGAUCAAAUUGGAGCCAAAUUCAACAUAUCUAGCCCGUCGCAGAGUUGAGUACCGUACUCAGCUUGGAGUACCGGUACUGGCAGUAUCGGUACUCAAACUGCAUACUGAUACACAAUACAAAAAGUAUUUUUCAAGCUUCGGGUUCUGAGGAACUCCUAAGGUACUCUUUAGUAGCAGUACUCAAACUUCAAGUUUCGAUACUCAACAUCCAGAAAUCUCAAAUCUUCGAUGCUUUCACCGUGAUAUCAACUCGGAAGAUGGCUUUACAUAAUCCAACAAUUCUCCCACUAAAACAUGCGCCGAACACCAUAAAACACUAAAUUGGAAGUCUUGCCAAACUCCUCUCCUCACGUAGCUCCAAGACCAAGAUAAGUCAUGCUCCAAUGAAACUUCUCUCGAGUCACCGACUUCAUUAAAAUAUCUGAUGGAUUCGCAUCAGUAUGAACCUUCAACAGUGAGAAUGGAUUACAAGAAACUUUCUCUUAAGAGCUCUCCAUGCGUUACUCUCAAUUAAGGUGUUUACAAUGAAGCUAUCUCCCUGAGAAACCUCCAAUGUUGAGGCUCUAAACUCGAAAAUAUGAAUUACAAGAGUUUAUAUAACCCUAAAAUCCCAAUCCUAGUAGGAAAUGCUCUCUACCAUCCAUCCAAGUCUUUGAUUCAUUUUUAGCCAUCGAUCUCUUCUUAAGAACCCUCUUUAAAGUGUUCCUAGACCAUCCUUAAUCUUUAGGAACACGAUUAGAUUAAAUUGGAACCAAAUCGAACAUAUCCAGCCUGUCGUAGAGUUGAGUACCAAUAUUUAGCUUAGAAUACCGAUACUGGUAGUACCGUUACUCAAAUUGCAUACUGAUACAUAAGACAAAAAAUAAUUUUUCAAGCUUCGAAUUUUGAGGAACUCCUAAGGUUCUCUUUAAUACCAGUACUCAAACUUCAAGUUCCGGCACUCAACAUCUAGAAACGUCAAAUCUUCGACUUUUCACCAUGUUAUGUUGGGAAUCCGGUACUCGUCCCGAUACUGGAUCUUGUGAAUUCGCAACAGAUUGUUGGGAUUCCGCAACGGAAGCGUCGAAUUGGGUUUUCACCAUAAACCUGUCUCCUCAGCGGAAGCUGAUACAAUCAUAAAAGAGAAAAAUAUGCAGGUAAAAUAAGAUUCAAUUAAAUAAGAGA